AUGGAUUCUAAUGCUGGCAUCAGUGCAAGAAGAGUGUCGGGAAUGGGUCGGCUCUGGAUGGUCUUCUUCUUUCAUCUAGUCACCUCAUUAGAAGAAAUACUUCUGGAUACAACUCAAGAGACCUCUGAGAUUGGCUGGACAGCACACCCUUCUGAUGGGUGGGAUGAGGUAAGUGUCCUGGACGACAAGAAGCGCCUGAUCCGAACCUUUCAAGUGUGCAACGUGGCUGAACCAGGUCAGAAUAACUGGCUGCGCACUCACUUCAUAGAGCGGCGCGGAGCCCACCGAGUGCACGUCCGCCUCCGUUUCUCAGUGAGGGACUGUGCCAGCAUGCGCACCGUGGCCUCUUCCUGCAAGGAGACUUUCACACUCUACUACCACCAGUCGGAGGCUGACAUAGCCUCUCAGGACAUGCCAGAGUGGCGUGAGGGCCCCUGGACCAAAGUGGAUACGAUUGCAGCUGAUGAAAGCUUUUCCCAGGUGGACAGCACUGGGAAGGUGGUCAAGAUGAAUGUUAAAGUGCGUAGCUUUGGUCCACUCACCAAGCAUGGCUUCUACCUGGCCUUCCAGGAUUCAGGAGCCUGCAUGUCCUUGGUGGCAGUCCAAGUCUUUUUCUACAAGUGCCCAGCUGUGGUGAAAGGAUUUGCCUCCUUUCCUGAAACGUUUGCUGGCGGGGAGAGGACCUCGCUGGUGGAGUCCCCAGGGACAUGUGUACCCAACGCUGAAGAGACGAGCACGACGGGGUCCUCGAGUGUUCGGCUGCACUGCAAUGGGGAAGGGGAGUGGAUGGUGGCCAUUGGACGAUGUACCUGCAAGGCUGGCUACCAGCCUGUGGAUGAUGAACGAGCCUGCCAAGCCUGUGCCCCUGGUUUCUUCAAAGUAUCUGUGGGAGAUGACCCCUGCCAUCUGUGCCCUGCCCACAGCCACGCUCCACUGCCAGGUUCCCGGGAAUGUGUGUGUCAGAACCGGUACUAUCGGUCUGCUUCAGACAAUUCUGAUGCUCCCUGCACUGGCAUCCCCUCUGCUCCUCGCGACCUCAGCUAUGAAAUCAUUGGCUCCAACGUGCUGCUGACCUGGCGCCUUCCGAAGGACCUGGGCGGCCGCAAGGACGUUUUCUUCAACGUGAUCUGCAAGGUGUGCCCGGCGGGGUCGGCGGGGCCGUGCGUGCGCUGCGGGGACAGCGUGCAGUUCGAGCCGCGCCAGGUGGGGCUGACCGAGAGCCGCGUCCAGGUCUCCAACCUCCUGGCCCGUGUGCACUACACCUUCGAGAUCCAGGCCGUCAACUUGGUGACCGAGCUGAGUUCAGAAGCACCCCACUUUGCCACCAUCAAUGUUAGCACCAGCCAGUCAGUUCCCUCUGCUGUGCCUAUGAUGCAUCAGGUGAGUCGUACUACCAAUAGCAUCACAUUGUCUUGGCCUCAGCCAGACCAGCCCAAUGGGAUCAUCCUGGAUUACCAGCUACGCUAUUUUGACAAGGCAGAAGAUGAGGAUAAUUCAUUGACCUUAACUAGUGAGACCAACAUGGCCACGAUACCAAGUCUGAGCCCAGGCAAGAUCUAUGCCUUCCAAGUGCGUGCUAGGACAGCAGUUGGCUACGGCCCUUACAGUGGGAAGAUGUAUUUCCAGACUUCAACGGGAGGGGAGCGCUCGGAGAUGGUGCAGGACCGACUGCCGCUGUUCGUGGGCUCAGCUCUCGGGGGUCUGGCCUUCUUGGUAAUUGCUGCCAUUGCCAUCCUUGCCAUCAUCUUCAAGAGUAAAAGGCGAGAGACUCCAUACACAGACCGCCUGCAGCAGUACAUCGGUGCACGAGGACUCGGAGUGAAGUAUUACAUUGAUCCUUCAACCUAUGAAGAUCCCAAUGAAGCUAUUCGAGAAUUUGCCAAGGAGAUUGAUGUGUCCCUCAUCAAGAUUGAGGAGGUCAUUGGAUCAGGAGAGUUUGGAGAGGUGUGCUUUGGGCGCCUGAAACACCCAGGAAAGCGUGAAUACAUGGUAGCUAUUAAAACCUUGAAGUCAGGUUACACAGAGGAACAGCGGCGGGAGUUCCUGAGCGAGGCCAGCAUCAUGGGGCAGUUUGAGCAUCCCAAUGUCAUCCACUUGGAGGGUGUGGUCACCAAGAGCCGACCAGUCAUGAUUGUCACAGAGUUCAUGGAGAAUGGAUCGCUGGAUUCCUUCCUCAGGCAGAAGGAAGGGCAGUUCAGUGUGCUGCAGCUGGUGGGAAUGCUGCGGGGGAUUGCAGCCGGCAUGCGCUACCUGUCAGACAUGAACUAUGUGCAUCGUGACCUGGCAGCACGAAACAUCCUGGUCAACAGUAACCUGGUGUGCAAGGUGUCAGACUUUGGCUUGUCCCGCUUCCUGGAGGAUGAUGCUUCCAAUCCCACCUACACUGGGGGUCUGGGCUGCAAAAUCCCCAUCCGCUGGACUGCCCCUGAAGCCAUCCAGUACCGCAAGUUCACCUCCUCCAGUGAUGUCUGGAGCUACGGCAUUGUCAUGUGGGAGGUGAUGUCCUACGGUGAGAGGCCUUACUGGGACAUGUCCAAUCAGGAUGUAAUUAAUGCCAUUGACCAGGACUAUCGCCUGCCACCACCUCCAGACUGCCCCACUGUUUUGCACCUGCUCAUGCUUGACUGCUGGCAGAAGGAAAGGGUCCAGAGACCCAAAUUUGAGCAAAUAGUCAGUGCCCUGGAUAAAAUGAUUCGCAAGCCAUCAGCCCUCAAAGCCAUUGGCACUGGGACCAGCAGACCAUCUCAGCCUCUCCUGAGCAACUGUCCUCCAGAUUUCCCUUCCCUCAGCAAUGCCCAUGAGUGGUUGGAUGCUAUCAAGAUGGGCCGCUACAAGGAGAAUUUUGACCAGGCUGGUCUGGCUACAUUCGAUGUCAUAUCACGCAUGACUCUCGAAGAUAUCCAGCGUAUUGGAAUCACCCUGGUUGGUCACCAGAAGAAGAUUCUAAACAGCAUCCAGCUCAUGCGAGUCCAUUUGAAUCAACUUGAACCAGUUGAAGUGUGA